AUGUGGACUUUAUUACUUGUCUUCAAAAUUAUAACCAUUGAGUCGAAUGUCCCCAGCGUGUCAGCAACAUCUAGAGCUAUUAGAUUUAUGAUGGAAGGUGUUGGAGCCCGUGUAAUACGAGGUCCAGAUUGGAAGUGGGGCAAACAGGAUGGAGGAGAUGGCCAUGUGGGCACUGUUAGAAAUUUCGAGUCCCCUGAAGAAGUAGUUGUAGUGUGGGAUAAUGGCACUGCAGCAAAUUAUAGGUGUUCCGGAGCUUACGACUUACGUAUUUUAGAUAGUGCACCAACUGGAGUAAAACAUGAAGGCACUAUGUGUGAUACUUGCAGGCAGCAACCUAUAUUUGGUAUUCGUUGGAAAUGUGCUGAAUGUAGCAAUUACGAUCUUUGUUCUGUUUGCUAUCAUGGUGACAAGCAUCAUUUACGUCACAGAUUCUACCGCAUUAGUGCACCGGGAAGCCAGCGAUGUCUAGUUGAACCUCGGCGUAAAAGUAAAAAGAAUGCUGUCCGAGGUAUAUUUCCUGGUGCAAGAGUUGUUAGAGGGGUUGAUUGGCAAUGGGAGGAUCAAGAUGGUGGAAAUGGCAGACGUGGUAAAGUCAAUGAGAUCCAAGAUUGGUCCGCAGCCAGUCCACGUUCUGCGGCCUACGUAGUAUGGGAUAAUGGAGCUAAGAAUUUAUACAGAGUUGGUUUCGAAGGAAUGGCAGAUCUGAAGGUAGUAAAUGAUGUAAAAGGUCAGAAUGUUUAUAAGGAGCAUUUGCCUCUUCUGGGAGAACUUGGUCCCGGCCGUACUGGGCCUCAUGGCUUGCAAGUUGGAGACCUGGUGAAUGUGGACUUAGACCUGGAGAUAGUGCAAUCGCUGCAGCACGGGCACGGCGGCUGGACGGACGGCAUGUUCGAGUGCCUCAGCACCACCGGCACUGUCAGCGGUAUUGAUGAGGACCACGAUAUAGUGGUCACAUAUCCCAGCGGCAAUCGUUGGACUUUCAAUCCUGCUGUCUUGACUAAGGUGUGCAGCGGUAACCUGAGUGCGUCUACAUCUGGGAGUGUGGGAGGUGUGGGGGGCGCCGGCGCCAGCAGCAGCGCGGGCGCGGCGUUCGCGGUGGGCGACCUGGUGGAGGUCUGCGCAGACCAGGAGCGUGUCAAGGCUCUGCAGCGUGGACAUGGCGAGUGGGCCGAGGCUAUGGCACCUACCCUCGGUAAGAUAGGACGUGUCCAACAGAUUUAUCACGACAACGAUCUUAAAGUGGAGGUGUGCAACACCUCGUGGACUUACAACCCUAAUGCUGUUACAAAGGUCUUCUCGUCCGAUGGCAGCGUCCAUGGAAAUUCUUCAGGUGAUCGUCUAUCAGUGCUUUUGAAGAAACUGUUCGAGUCUCAUGUGACGGGUGACGCGAACGAGGAGCUGGUGAAGGCGGCGGCCAACGGGGACGCGGCGCGCUGCGCUGACAUACUGGCGCGCAGUGACGGCGCACGCGCUGACGUCAACGGUGUAUACGGCGGCCACACGGCGCUGCAGGCGGCAGCGCAAAACGGGCAUGUGGAAGUGAUCCGAGCUCUAGUGGAGGCUGGUGCGGAGGCGGACGCGGAGGACCGGGACGGAGACCGCGCGGCGCACCACGCGGCCUUCGGAGACGAGCCGGCCGCGCUGCGGGCGCUGGCCGCCGCAGGCGCAGACCUCAACGCGCGCAACCGCCGCCGCCAAACGCCACUGCACAUCGCCGUCAACAAGGGUCAUCUCGGCGUCGUGCGCACUCUGCUGCAGCUCGCCGUGCAUCCCAGCCUGCAGGAUUCGGAAGGCGACACCCCACUCCACGACGCUAUAUCGAAAAAGAGGGACGACAUAUUGACUUUGCUGUUGGACCACGGUGCCGAUAUGACGCGAACAAAUAACAAUGGAUUUAAUGCACUUCACCACGCUGCGCUGCGAGGCAACCCGAGCGCUAUGAAAAUAAUGCUUGGCAAGUUGCCCCGUCCGUGGAUCGUGGACGACGCGAAGGACGACGGGUACACAGCGCUGCAUCUGGCGGCGCUCAACAACCACGCCGAGGUGGCCGAGCUGCUCGUGCGCGGGGGUGCGCGGCCCGACCUGCAAAACGCCAACCUGCAGACCGCCUUGCACCUCGCCGUCGAGCGCCAACACGCGCAGAUCGUGCGCUUGCUCAUCGCGCACGCAGCCGACCUUAACAUCUGCGACAAGGACGGCGACACGGCGCUGCAUGAGGCGUUGCGCCACCACACGUUGCAGCAGCUGCGGCGGUUGCAGGAGGCGCGUGACGCGGCGGCGCUGGGUGCACUUGCGCACGCACACGACAAGAAGUCCUCUGCUUCCAUCGCCUGCCUGCUAGCCGCGCACGGCGCCGAUCUCACGCUCAAGAACAAGAAAGGGCAAACUCCACUGGAUCUGUGUCCCGAUCCUAAUCUGCGCAAGACGCUGACGACAUGUCGCAAGGAAGGCUCCGGGGUGACGAGCGACGAGACGCCGGAGAGCGAGGGCAGCUCGUCGGGCGGAGGCGCCGGCGCGGGCGCGGGGGCGGCGCCUGCAGUGGCCAGCACCAGCGCCGCCGCCCCGGAGCCGGCCAGCGGCGAGCCCUCCCUGGCCGCCGACCCCACCGCGGACGAGUGCCUCGUGUGCUCCGACGCCAAGCGGGACACCAUGUUCCGCCCCUGCGGACACAUAUGCUGCUGCAACGUCUGUGCCGCCAGGGUGAAGAAGUGCCUGACGUGCCGCGCGGCGGUGAGCGGGCGACAGCGCGUGGGCGAGUGCGUGGUGUGCUCGGAGGCGCCGGCCACGGUGGUGUUCCGGCCGUGCGGCGACGUGUGCGCCUGCGCCGCCUGCGCUCCCCUCAUGCGCAAGUGCGUCGAGUGCCGCACCCCGCUGCAGCAGCCGGCGUUGCCGUCGCGUAAGUACACGUUUCACAUGAAUAUGUACCAUAUAAAACGUGACAAAUAUUUAUCUGUUUCCAUUGACUCGAUCUCAGUGGAGAAGGAGAGCAGCAGCAACUUGGCGCAGGUGCAAGUGAACAAGGGCCAGCCGGCGCCCACGCAGGCCGCGCCGCACCACAUGAACAACGGGCUGCGUUCCACCCUGCCCGCCGCCUCCGCCGCGACCCCCGCGCCCCCCGCGACCGCCGUCACACCCGUCGCGCCCGUCACUCCCCCCGCACCACCUGCGCCCCCCGCACCCCCCGCACAACCCCCGGCCGACGUGCAGAAACUGCAACAGCAACUCCAAGACAUCAAAGAACAGACGAUGUGCCCCAUCUGCCUGGACCGGCUGAAGAACAUGAUCUUCCUGUGCGGGCACGGCAUGUGUCAGAUGUGCGGCGACCGCAUCGCCGUCUGUCCCAUUUGCCGCAAACACGUCGAGAAGCGCAUCCUCCUCUACUAGCUCUUAACUCUUCACUCACAUACGAUUGACAAACACUCGCUACUUAAACCUCUUACUACUUAUUUCUAUCAACAAAGCUAUAUUGAUGACUUUGUGGCAAUUAAUAUUACAAUUUUACUGUAUACAAUCAAAACUGGUUUUAUCUAACAAAAUCAAUUGAAAAUUUUUU